GGAUUAUCACUACUCUACUAAUGUCGUAACGCGUGAAAUAACCGGAUAAAUGAUGAAUUCUUUAAGGUAAACUUGAUAUAAUUCAGGAGCAGUUAUGCAAAUAGUUUUUACAAAAAUUAAAACAACAAUUUGAAACCAUCUCACUCACUGAGUUCAGCCCAAGUCCAAACUCCAACGAUUUCAUUCUAAAUAUCGCUACCAGUGAGCCACCGUACACUCGCCGGAAAAGUCAACGAUGGCGGUCAACUCCGUCCGUAUCGCCGCCGCUCAGAUGACAUCCAUCAAUGAUCUCGCCACCAAUUACGCCACCUGCGCUCGUCUCGUCAAGGAAGCAGCUUCAGCAGGGGCAAAACUUCUUUGCUUCCCUGAGAAUUUCUCAUUUGUUGGUGCAAAGGAUGGGGAAAGCCUUAAAAUUGCGGAACCGUUAGAUGGACCGAUCCUGAAAGGAUAUUGUGCUCUUGCAAGGGAGUCGAACAUGUGGCUGUCGCUUGGAGGGUUUCAAGAACGAGGGUCAGAUGAUGCGCACUUGUGUAAUUCACAUGUUUUGAUUGAUGAUGCUGGAAACAUUAGAAGCACCUAUAAGAAGAUGCAUUUGUUUGAUGUGGAUGUUCCUGGAGGUGCAGUCUAUAAGGAGAGCAGCUUUACAGAAGCAGGUAAGGAGAUAGUUGCUGUGGAUAGCCCCUUUGGACGUUUGGGCCUAACUGUAUGUUAUGAUUUGCGGUUCCCUGAGGUUUAUCAACAACUACGGUUCCACCAUGGAGCACAGGUUUUGUUAGUUCCUGCUGCCUUUACAAAAGUAACUGGUGAGGCACAUUGGGAGGUUCUUCUUCGUGCCCGUGCCAUAGAGACUCAGUGUUAUGUGAUAGCCGCUGCACAAGGCGGGAAACAUAGUGAAAAAAGAGAGAGCUUUGGUGAUACACUGAUCAUUGAUCCAUGGGGGACAGUAAUUGGUCGUUUACCAGAUAGAGCUUCAACUGGGAUUGUUGUUGCAGAUAUAGAUUUCUCAUUGAUCGAAUCAGUGAGAACGAAGAUGCCAAUAUCCCAGAUGCUUUAUGCUAAGGAUUCAUAUUGGCCUUUUCCUGCUAGCACCGAAAGCCCAUAGAGUUCUGGAAACAAGCCUCCAUGUGAAUAAACUUGAGAGAUUACCGCUCGGCAAUCGAAUUACAUUGUAUUUGUGGCGUUAUCUUUUGAUUAUGUUCCAUAUUAAAUAGUUGUAUCACUUGAAGAGCAUUUUACAUCUUUCUUUUGAUUUUUAUUACUUUAAUAAAUUUCUUAGAUGGUGUAAUAUUUCUAUUUGAACUUACCUUGACUCAACCAUCGGA